AUGGGCGUAUCCGAGGAAGUUAUUGGCACUCUUUUAGUCGGCAUAUUUUUCAAUACUUACCUUUAUGGCCUUGUUACAUAUCAAUUUGCGGUGUACUACAACUCUCCUUUCAAGGAUCCAACUUGGAUACGUGCCUUUGUGGGCAUUCUCGUUGUCCUAGACACAUUCCACACGGCUGCCACGAUAUAUAUGGCAUGGGAGUACUGCGUAACGAACUUCGAUAACCCGGCCAUCUUAACAGUGGCAUUAUGGCCGUAUACGUUUACACCAAUCGGUACGGCCCUCGCAGCCUUGCUCACGCAGAUCUUCCUUGGCUAUCGGAUGUAUCGAUUGACUGGCCAAUUAUACUUGUUCAUCAUACUCUUGAUGUUUGCCAUUGCUUCUUUCGCACUUGGCAUGACCUGCGGCAUCAAGGCGUGGAUAAUUGAAGAAUUAGCUAAACUCCCUGUCCUCGACGGCCUUGUAACGGCUUGGCUAGCCAUGCAGAUGGGUAUCGACCUGUACAUCACAAUCGCUCUCUGCUGGAUUCUAAGUCAAGCAAAAACAAAAUUCCGCGCAACCGAUACCGUCAUCAACCGCCUCAUGCGCGGCGCCAUCCAAACCGGCGUAUUCGCGUCCAUCUUUUCGCUGGGUGACUUGGUGGCUUUUUUGGCGCUCCCACAUACCAACAUAUACGGCAUGUUUGCGAUCCCUUUGGGCCGCAUUUACACGAAUACAUUAAUGGACACAUUGCUCAUGCGCGAAGGCCUCCGAGAAGUACUGGCCCGAUCUGAGGAUGGCUCUGGCAUGGACCCGAACAGCUCCAUCUGGGGCCGAAGUACGGGCAAUCGAGGUCUAAGCAGAAUCAGCUUCAACAAGUCGAUUCAUCAAAGUACUACAGGCAUAGUUGUCACCAAUCCUGGCACCGCAGACCAACGAGACGAUAAUAAGGACGACCAUAUGUACGUUGACCGGGAGGAGCGAGAUGUUUUCUCAGACAUCAAGCCAACGCCGUCGGCUGUUUGA